AUGGAAAAAGAAACUGAUCCCAGACCAACCACAGUUACAUGUGCAAAACCAUCCCCUGGAUUCAAGCUCACCAUCGACAAUGUUGACUACCAUCAAAAUGUCCACUACAUGACAGAAGAACACCAGAACAUCGAUAGACACUAUGUGACAGUCAACGCCACCACAAACAGGAUAUCUGGAAACCAUUUGAGUACGGACAGCCCUGUACCUGGUAUUAAACAAAUGGAAAAUGGCAAGUGUAUUCCUAAUCACAUCGAACAAAAAGUACAGAGAGCAAAUUACAUCAUGUUGGUCCAGAGAAUUCUGGUUGAAAAUAUUCCCUGCCUUGAAUUUGGACAAGAUAUUGUUGAGAAGCACAUUCACCACAAAUACAGCAAAGAAGCAUCACAACCAACAAAUGUUGUAUAAAUCAAUAUGUUUAUAAUUUAAUAAUUUAUAUUAUUAUAUUAACUGUCCUUGUGAAUAUGUGAUUUAUUUAUCAUGGGCUUGGCCCUCAGGGAAUAAAUACAUAUACCCUAAUUGCCUCAAAAUAACCAACACAUCAUCCCCUUAGCAAAGUUUGUCCCCUAUUGAAAAUUCUAAUCCCAAGUUUUACAGUCAAACCAGAUGUUCUUGUGGGAUCAACAUUGCAAUAUUGUCUCAAAAUCUUUUGUGAAUUUCAACUUGCAAUUUGUUUGUGUCGUUUGCAAAUUGCUCAGAGCAAUCUGCCUAUCAAAAUUGCAUUAUUGUGGGAUAAUAUUGCAAUGUUGCUCACACGAGAGCAUCCGGUAUGUUUAUGGUUGUAUUGUAAAGAUCACUUAAAAUGACUUAAUAACUUCGUGUAUAGAAUUUUGGUAACUUGCUUCCUUCGCAAGAUAUUCAACUUUGUUUCAUAUGCAAAUAUCACCGGUGUGACAUCACAUCGCAUAAUGACAUUUUGAAAACACAAUAUUUUACCUUGAUAAAAUAUUUUUACAAACAAAUACACAGGAUUAAUUAGCAGUUAUGAAAUGAAUGCAUAUACAAGAGCAAGUUUUUUAGAUACGUAUUCGUCAAGAAAACUAUACUUUUCUGAAAACUCAUUAUGCGAUGUGAUGUCACACCGGUGAUAUUUGCAUAUGAAACAAAGUUGAAUAUCUUGCGAAGGGAGCAAGUUACCAAAAUUAUAUAAAAGAAGUUAUUAAGUAAUUUUAAGUGAUCUUUACAAUACAACCAUAAACAUUUGGGGUGAAAUUUCAUGUUACAAUGAAACUAUUGAUGUUAUGUAGGUUUUGUCUUGAUUAACUGUUAGGAAAUCAAAUACCACCUUGGAGACAAUGAAUAAAAUGAAAAUUAUAAUGUAAUACAUCAAAAUACAGUAGUGUAUUUUCAAUUGGUUAAUUUUACAUAAUCAUUCACUACUGUAUUUAUGAUCUUUAAGACUUUAUUUAAUAACAAUAUUUUGAUAUCAAAAACUUAAAUACUUUACUUGUCUUGUAGAUUGCGUUUGCCCACUUCUACAACCCAACAUCAGCUGGAGAUAAGUGCACAUUAUACAGCGACAGAAAUGUAAUAAACCGUCGCAGUGUAAAGAGUGAUGUUGAUGCUGCAGUUAAUCCGUGUAGACACUUCUUCAUUCUAGAACUAGAGGCACGCAUUGUUGCAGCUGGAAUGAAGGAGCUUGGCAUUGAAGAACUAGAAGAGAUGUCGCAGUGUGUACCGCACCAAUUUGAGAGUUGGACCAAGGCUAAGAAGAAAGAAUACCUGGAGGAGUUAGCAGCAACAAUUGUCGACAAGUAUAUUCUCGAUAAAGCCAAACACAAAAAGAUUGCCCUUGCCACCAGCCAACUAGAAGAAAAGCAGUUGUAA